AUGUCUCGGCCCCUCUGGCGGAGUCUGCAUUACAGUGCGAAGCGGAGGUUGGCGGCACCGACGCCCUACCGGUGCUUCUCCUGCUCCCUGCGUGCUCAGGACCAGCCAAGAAAGGAUGGACAGACGACGCACUUCGGAUUCAAGGAUGUACCCGAGGCACAAAAAGAGUCAAUGGUGGGAGCUGUCUUCAGCUCCGUAGCCAGCUCGUACGAUACGAUGAACGACCUUAUGUCGCUGGGAAUCCACCGUCUCUGGAAAGACCAUUUUGUACGCUCGUUGAACCCCGGGUCUGCUCUGCCGUCGCGCGACACCGACUCGACCGGUAGAGGCUGGAAUAUCCUGGAUAUCGCCGGCGGGACUGGCGACAUCGCUUUUCGCAUGCUGGACCAUGCCACAAAUAUCAACCACGACCUCAACACGCGGGUGACGAUCUCCGACAUCAACCCGGACAUGCUGGCGGAGGGGAAGAAGCGCAGCAUCGACACGCCGUACUACAACACGAACCGUCUAUCGUUUAUGGAAGCCAAUGCACAGACCAUGCCUUCUAUCCCGGAUAACUCGGUCGACCUCUACACGGUGGUCUUUGGGAUUCGCAACUUUACGGACAAGCAGGCAGCGUUGAAUGAGGCGUUCCGGGUUCUGAAGCCCGGUGGUGUGUUUGCGUGCAUGGAGUUCAGCAAGGUGGACAACGAGCUGUUCAAUGCGGUCUACAAGCGCUGGAGCUUCAGCGCGAUCCCGUUGAUUGGGCACUUGGUUGCUGGGGAUCGGGAUAGCUAUCAGUAUCUGGUGGAGAGUAUCGAACAGUUCCCCAGCCAAGAGGAAUUCCGGGGGAUGAUCCAAAAGGCCGGGUUUAUGAUUCCCGGACGAGGAUUUGAGAACCUGACAGGUGGGAUUGCAGCGAUUCACAAGGGAAUCAAGCCGAUUUCUUGA